GCUAAAGCCUUAACCCCGGAAGUAUAAACCGUCAGUACGAGUCGACGACGAACGCUAUUACUCCAACUACAAAAUAUUGAAUUGUUACAAAACAAAUAAUACGUCGUAAUAAAAUAAUACAAUCGUGCGCCAGACGUUUAUGGUAAGAUAGCCACGUUACAGUCGCCAACGACUUUUCCAGUUGCGUCGUAGUCACCGCCCGCUCGUAGCCUCGCUAGCUCCGAGCUAACCGAGCUAACGAUAAAGAAAGACAAAAAGCCCCGCCGUCGAAUUCGUCAACAAUGGACAGUUUGGAAACUCCGUACGAGGACGAGGCGUCCACAGACUUCAUCGAGUGCGCGGUGUGUGACAAAUCUGCCAGGGGCCUGACUUUGUAUAAGAUACACCUGACGACGCCUGGACAUUUAAAGAAAGAGGAAGCCCUUGUUGCCGCUGGUGGCAGCAUCAGACCAAACCCUCUGCCAACGUUCAACAAUAUUUUACAAUACCUGGAUUACCUGAACCUCGACGAGCCCAUCAUCGGCUUGCACUACGUGGAGGAAGUGUUCGGUGGCCCGGCCGACGCCCCCUUGGGGCCCAAGUACUCGUGCCUGCUGUGCCACGUCACCGCACACAUGCCCGAUGUAGUCAGUCACAUCAUCGGGCGUAAACACAGACAGAAAUACAUGGAGGUGAAGCGUCGCGACCUGGUGACGUGGGACACGAGCACUGUCGCGGCGCAAGGAGGGAAGAUGAUCCGCACCAGAGCGGAGAUCAUAGAGCGACAGGAUGGCCGUGGACAUCCAGUGUUCCUGCAGAAAUGGGAGGACACAGAGAAACAAAUCUCAGUCCCCCUGACACAGAGGCAGAACGGCAACCCAAACCCCCUCCAGACUUUGUUCCAACUGGACGCUCCGCAGUGUGCCCCGAAGAGCCAGGACUUUGACGAGCCGCCCCGUGGGCGCUUGCCCCCGGACCAGUCGCAAAGAGCCUGCUUUCCUCCGGUCGAGGCUCGCGGGUUAAACGUCGACAGGCAGAUGUACCAGCAGGACGACUAUAAAAGGGACAUGAACCGGCAAAUGGACCUGAAUUACCGUCAGCAGGAUCCCAGGGAGGAGGGCCCCCAUGGUUGGGCUGAGCGUUACCCAGAGGCCCCUCCCUACAGAAGGAUGCCACUGGAGAACAGUGUUGUCAAUGAGGUUGUGAGGAACCAGCGACCGAGCUUUCAAGAAGGCGAACCCCGGUGGUCUCUCGACUCAAGCGGGAACCAUAGAGGGGAUCACGAUGUGCGGCCGGGACCGAGUGUCCCGGAGGCCUCCAAAAGGAACCUUCCCUCUCCUCCGCACAUGGAGCCGCCACGCGGACACGUCCGGGAUUACCUCCACGGCCAGGCGGCUGGAGCUCAGUUGCUUCCCAAACAUGCGGCGGCGGGCUGGGGCGGCCCCGCCCAGAUGCGGGGAGAGGACUCCAGGAGCAUGUCGGACAUCCCAGAGCCUUUCAGGCGCUUCAUGACCGGGCCCCGAGACGACGACGGCGGCGAGGCGUACGGCAAAAGGAGGAAGAAGAGUCGCUUCUCGGAUGCCACCGCCGAGGAGGUGGAGGUGGCGCACAAGAUUUUGAAGGCUGGAUACGGACCCCCAGACCCCAAGUUUAGAAAUCCUUCCCGAUCAGUCGAAGCAGAGACCCGCGGACCCGGGCGGCAUUUAGAAUCACAGGACUCGCGUCACUCUGACAGCUACCAAAGAGAUGGCUCUGAGAAAGAAACAGUCUUUGACAUGCUGAACGACAUCCAAAUCGAGAACGUGGAAGAAGCUACUUUCCUGAAGAACAAACUGUGCGGCCUUCUCAAAGAAUUCAAGACCAUAAAAUCAAACAAAGGCGAACCACAUAGUUCAGCGCCUCAGAUGUCCACACAACACCAGCACGGGAGGACGCUCAUGGGAGAUCCCAACUUUAGAGGGACAGGGGAAGACCGCCGCGGACCAGGAUGGAAGACACAUGAGACGAACGUGCACGACAGGCAGCAAGGCUACCAGCAUCAUGUGCACCAAGCACCCGGUGCCUUCGUCAGAGGACCCGUUCCCUCCGUCAGAGGACCCGUUCCCUCCAUCAGAGGACCCGUUCCCCCCGCCAGAGGACCCAUUCCCUUCGUCAGAGGACCCAGUACUUCCAUGAGAGGACGUUACAACGAUGGCCGUGGUUCUCAUAAUAUGUACGAAACACAGCAUCCAGACCAGCGAGCGCAGCGUCCAGAACGGUUCCGAGAAAACGCGGCAGUGGCGCACCGAGACCUCCGGCCUGCCUAUGACGGGUUUUUCGACUCACGCUCGCCGCUGCCUCGCAACAUGGAACACGAAGUCGGGAUGAACUGCAACCCUCAGUACUCCAAAAGCCUGGAAAAACUCCACUCCACUCUCCUGGAGCUGGUGUCAAGGAAGCAGUAGAAGUAGCCCUACGGUAUCGUACGUCCCCACUUUUUGUCGGAUUGUGUUUUCGACAAUUUCCCCCAAAAGUUUGCCCUGUAUUUCCUAUAAUGUCUCAGUUGUCAUACGGCCAAACAUUGCACCUAACAAGCCAGUCUUGGUGUUUUUUAUAGUAGAAGUUUUUUGGUUUUCGUCUGACCUUUUAGAAGUGAUUACUAAGGUUGGUUGUUGUUGCUUUCUUGAUUGUUGUUUCCCAUAGACUGAAGCUAUUAAAACAUUGGUCCAUGGCA